AUGGCAUCAUCGAGUUCACCCUGGCAGAGGUUCCUGCGCGACCUCAAAAUAGAGGACAUGCUCGGCGCUGGACCCACGGAAGAGCUGAAGGUGGACAUGCUCAACCGCAUCAUCUUCCUCAAUAAGGACGAGACGGUCAAGGACGCCAUCGAUUUGCUCACCCAAAACAAGAUCAUCUCCGCACCUGUCUACGACGAUGACGCCAACCAGUUCAUCGGGUUCGUGGACAUGCUCGACCUGGCGACGCUGUGCGUGGAGCACCUCAGCACUGCCGGGAAGCCGCUCACCCAGGAGGAGUUCGAACGUCUGCCCAUCUGCUCUGUCAUCGAUCUCUCGGGACGUAACUCGUGGCUGCCUCUCGAUCGCGCCGCUCCGCUGGGAGAGCUCUUCGCUGCCCUCUCCAAGCCCGACGUUCACCGCGUCCCGAUCGUCGACUCCAAAGCCACUAUGACGGUUGUGGGCUCAACUUUGUGGGUCACAGAGCGGGAGCCGGAGAAGAAGGUGCUCGCCAUCAUCACGCAGGCCGAAGUCAUCCGUUGGCUGUGGGUCAGUCGCUCGUCGCCCGGCUUCCCUACAGCGGCGCUGGCGAUGAAGAUCAAAGAUAUGUCAACGGCGGCCGUCCACGAAUUCGCGGCCCAGCGCGAACUGGUUCUGAUCGAAGAGAACCACACCGUCAUCGCCGCUUUGCGCAAGAUCGUCGAAAAGAGAGUCAACGGCCUCGGAGUCGUGUCGGAGUCGGGCGAGCUGGUCGGGAAUGUGAGCGCGACGGACGUGCGGGUGGCGGCCGCCACCGGGUGGCAGGAGCUGACGGCCCUCCUCGCCAAGCCGCUCCGCGACUUCCUCAAGUUCAAGGCCUCGCUCAUGCUCACCAUCAACGAGCGCGCCUCGCACCCGCGUCCCAUCACCGUUACUCCGGAGGACAAGCUGGAGACGGCGCUCGAGAAGCUGGCAGUGAACCACGUGCAUCGGGUGUGGGUCGUGCGAGGCGAGGCCGCAGUGGCGGGCACCGGAGCCGCAGCGCGGGCCGAGGCUGAGGUCGAGGGAUUCAAGCUCGGCGCCAACGUCCCCGUCGGCUGCGUCAGCUUGACCGACGUCAUCCACGAGCUCGCCGAGUUCAAUGCCUAG